AUGAAGAAACCAAUUAAUCAUUUUCGAAGCGUCUGCGUUCCCUCCAGUGGCGAUUAUUUCUGUCACCCGGCAGAAAUCGACACUGAGGCUCGUUCUGUUUUGCUUGAUAGAUAUCAUCAAGAGCUCGAGAAGUGUAGUCCUCGGGAGACCUGGGUGGGCGAUGCCCACCGUAAAUCAGCACCUUAUCCGGUUCUCGGCAGUGAAGCCCAUCAACGCCAGCUAUCAGAGCUGACCGAGGCGUUGGUUCUAGCAAUUACCGAUAUCGUGGAGCGAUGGUGGUCGGACACUGAGGCUCGCUUUCCGGAGCGGAUGCCAAUCGACCCAGUGGAGGAAAAGCUAUUGCAAUGGAUGCAACAACAGGGAAAGGAUGUGCUGAGGCCAUUCAGCCACCACCAAGGCUCUUGGAGACCGGACUUUCUGCUUGAAUCCUCCGAUUACCCUGAAGAUACCGAGAACUAUCGAAUUUGCGAGAUUAAUGCUCGUUUCUGGGUGCAUGGAUUCCUCUUUACUGCAUUUGGCCAACAGGCCCUUCUCAAAAUGGGUAUCGAGGAGCAAGGCAUUAAAGGGGCCACAGACCCGAAAAAGGUUAUUUCUGGUUUGAAAACCCAUUUCAAUUCUUCGCUCCCCUUGCAUCUUGUCAAGGGAGAGGAAUAUGGAUUCGACAUCCACCUGUUCGUUCCGUAUGCACAACGUCACCUGGGAAUGGAUGUUAAAAUAAUUUCGCCAAAGAGUCUCCGGUUGGAACCCGCUGCAGCUCCAGGGGGAUACAAACUUUACUGCUUGACUGAGGCAGAUACCAAGCAGGCGACAAUAUUAAACAAUGCCGGCGAGCUUUUGGAAGAAGUUUUUCAAAUAGGAUUGGAGCUCUACCAGCAUGAGUUGAUGGCUAUGAGCUUCGAGAUGCUUCAACAAGUCAGCCUGAGAUGUUUCAACGACCUACGUACUGUAUUCCUUGUUCAUGACAAGCGCAUGUUAGGAUUGGUUCUGGAAGAGCUAGAUUCACUAGUCGAGCGAAACGUUCUCUCAUCACGUCAAGCUGAGAGACUUAACAAGGGACUCGUCAACACCAUGAUCCCCGGGUCAGAAAGAUUGGAAAUUUUCACGUCUAACUGCCGGACCGACUUGUCGUUGAAGGACAAGUACUUGGUCAAGCCAGUCCGCAGUGGCAAGGGAGCCGGAAUCCUAUUCGGUGACCAGCUGACACAGGAAGACUGGGUUACAAUUCUUCAAGGGAUGCGAGACCCUUUUCUGAAGCGCGGCAAAACAACCUACGUCGUUCAAAAACUCAUCGAUCAACGAAGGUACGACGUUCUUCUUGAUGAGAAUGCUGACGUUGGGAAAUUUCCUCUCAUCGGCACGUUUCAUAUCGUAAAUGGCACGUUACUUGGUCUUGGGCUGUGGCGAACCGGGCCUGGUCGAAUUUGUGCUUUAAGUCGUGGAGGAUCUUGGCUCUGUUCCGUAACCCAACAAUAG